AUGGCCUCGCAAGAUCACUACACGCUGCACAUGUUCCCCUUCAGCCUCUACUCCAUCAUGGCAAGAUUCACACACCAACUUGGCAAAGCAUCUCUGCCUCAGAAUGCGCAACCCACCGACCGCUUCCACCUUGAUCUCAAACUAGUCAACCUUCACCGCAACGGAAACAUUUCAGAAGAAUACCUCACAAAUAUCAACCCCAAUGGACAAGUUCCCUCCAUGACGGGCGACAAGCUGCCGUCACCUUUAACAGAUAGUCUCGACAUUUCCUACCACAUCUGCCAAUACUACCCACACUUGCUGCCCUCCCCUCACGAGCGGCUUAUCAGACGCACCUUGACGCAAUUGCAUGACAUUCAAGCACUCCCACUAUCAGUGUCUGCAGAGGAUAGAGGACAUACCAUCCCAUGCGAGGCUGUGGAUGAACUUCUCUCAAAAAGUGAUAUAAGCUCCGAAUACAGAGCAGCCUUAGAAUUCAAAAAGGAAUUUCACCAGGAACAUACAGAGAAUGCACUUUCUUUAGAAAACGUGGACUUGGCGGAAACAAAGACCCACGAGUUGUGCCGCACAUUGUUGGAGAUUUAUCAGAACGAGGGGAACAAUGGCAACUGGCUCUUGUCCGCGCCAACGGUGUUGGAUGCUCAUGUUGUGGCGUUCCUUGGGCGACUUCUCGACAUGCAGAGGCGGGAUUUGAUUCCAGAUGCUUUGAGGGAUUGGUGA